GGUACGUGACCGCGACUAUCAAUUUCUUGCGACGGCCAUUUUAUACGACGCUCGGUGUACACUCGAUGUACAUACUUUUAACAAUUAAUUUGUGAAAUUGUGUUUAAAGUAUUUAUGAAAACCUGUUUUCGAUAAUGAUAAAAACGGAAGACAGUCAACCACAGACUAAUGAUGACAGAGACAGAAGCAGAGAGCGUGACCGUAAUCGAAGGUCAGACAGACCAAAUCGUAUAAACUCAGCUAGUCGUGAUCGCAGCAGAGAGAGAAAUGAUCGCAGUGGCAGGAAAGCUUCUGACAGACGGAUUUAUGUGUCAAACAUUCCUUAUGAUUUUCGCUGGCAGGAUCUGAAAGAUUUGUUUAGAAAUGAGGUUGGCAAAGUAGCGCAUGUAGAGCUUUUUACAGAUGAAAAUGAUAAGCCUAGAGGAUGUGGGAUAGUAGAAUUUGAAGAUUCAGACUCAGUGAAAAUAGCAGUAGAUAAAAUGCAUCGAUAUGACAUUAAAGGGAGAAAGCUUGUUGUCAAAGAAGAUUUUGAUGUAGAACGUGACAAGUAUGGUCGUUUAGCCACUGGUCGUAAUAAUGAUAGAAAUCGAGAUGACAGAUUUCGAGAUCCUCCUAGGCCACAAGGAGGUGGAAGGCAAAAUAUGUCUGCACCUAGUGGCGGUGGUGGUGGUGGUAGUAGCGGUGGAGGCGGCGGUGGUGGUGGUGGUGGCGGAGGUGGCGGUGGUGACAAUAAAUUCGGAAACACCUAUGGUCUUAGCACACAAUUCUUAGAAUCGCUAGGUAUCAAUGGUCCUUUGGUUACGAGGGUUUUUGUCGCUAAUUUGGAUUAUAAAGUCGAUGAGAAGAAGCUGCUUGAAGUUUUUAAAUUGGCGGGAAAAGUGUUACACGUUGAAUUGGGGAAAGACAAAGAUGGUAAAUCAAGAGGUUUUGGAGUUGUUGAAUAUGAUCACCCAGUGGAAUCAGUUCAAGCCAUCUCGAUGCUUCAUAAUCAACAGCUGUAUGACAGACGUAUGACCGUUAGACUUGACAGAGCUAAUGAACCUGAUAUGCCACCCAAAUUGCCAGAAGGUUUGAAGGGAAUUGGCAUGGGACUUGGAGCUGGAGGUAAUAGAUUGUUGGAUGUAGCUAGAAACAUUCCCAAUGUUCAAGCAAACAAUCCACCAGUGGUAAAUCCGAUUUCGGCUCCAGUAUUAGCAGCAGGCGCUUUUGGCGCUGGUUUAAACAACGUCGUACCUGCGCAAUUAGCAUCAGCAUUGUCAAAUACGAAUGCUGCAGCUCUUCAGGCUAGUCUUGCCGGCGCCGGUUUGGGUGCUAAUCUUACUACUAGUUCAUUGUUGAAUUCGUCACUGACAAAUGAAUUGGCAUCAAAUCUAAACAAUUUCGGCGGCGGCGUAGGUAGUUUAAGCGGUCUACAAGCAUCUUUGGCCGGUGGACAAGGAAAUAAUUCGUUUACUCCUCGCGGAUUAUCAAAGUUGGAUAAUGACAUAGGAUUCGGCGGUAAUAACGCUUUCGGCGGUUCCAAUUUUGGUGGCAGUAGCAGGGAUUUCGACGGCGGAUUUAGUAGAGGAGAUGGUGAUCGCGUUUCCGGCGGUGGUGGUGGUGGUGGUUUUUCCGGGAAUCAAGGCCAAAGUGGUGCCGGCAAUCGACAAAACUCCAACGGUUCACGACCCAUGUCAGAUACCAUCCUUAUAGGCAAUUUACCUCCAAACACCACAUGGCAAAUGCUACGUGAUAAAUUUCAAGAUGUUGGAGAAGUAAAAUUUGCAGAAAUGAGAGGUGCUGACAUGGGCAUGGUACGAUUCGCAUCUGAAUGGGAUGCUGAGCGUGCUGUGACUAUGAUGAAUCGAUCACGCAUUGAUGGCAGAACGAUUGAUGUGCGCAUAUACUAAAAAAUCAAGAAAUAGUCUCGACGGAUUCAAGGUAACGUUGACUGAAAAAAAUCAUAUCGCCGAACUUUUGAUGCUUAAUCAUAACUUAUUGACGCAGCGUAAGGAAGCUGGGUGUUUGUGUAUCGUCUGCAGGAUUGUUCCACUCCUGAUGACAAUACUAGAAAUUCAUUCUAGUUAUCUGGCAGAGAACUUAGGACAGUGAAUGCGAAGUAUCUGUCUUCAGAAGAUCAGCAAGUCGUGUUUAUGUGAUGGCUCAACGUUGAAACGGUCGUGUCGACUACCGAUGAUCACCUUCGCAUCCCCUCUCUUUACCGUCUCAACUUUUCGAUUCUACAUUUUUAUCACCAAAUUAUCGUUCCUUUUUACAAUUCUUUAUUCUAAUUAAAGGAAGUCUUUACUCUAAUUGUUCACUUAAAUCAGUUUAUUAGCGAUCGUGACUAUAGUUGCUUAGGCUUAGGUUUCAUGAUGAUCUUACUGUAAAUCAGUAGAUUUCUUUUCAGUGUGUAGGUUAUUUACAGUUACUAUUUACAGGUUAUUUACAGUAAUUAGCGAAUCUAUAGUCUGUAAGUCUUUACUUCUUAGUUAUCAUGACGAGAGAUUGAUCGGUCUUCCAUCGUUCCGAUCUAAAGUGACGCUUUGCUCGCUUCACAGCUGGGUUCACACCAGGGGAUAGAAAUCGAAAGGAUAAUCUUUCGAUCAUAAAAAUGCACUUUUAAUGCUAUAAAAUCGUUAUUCGUUCGAACAGAUAAGAUUUUUGGAUUGCGAUAGCAUAGGUAUGCUCGUUUAUAAUCUUAUUUUAUGCAGAUCGUGGAUUAUGUGUUGGAUUUUCAUCGCAUUAUUCGUACUUUCUAAUAUAUAACGAAAGUCAUAUCGUGAUAUUUGACAGGGGACAGCGUUUCGUCGUCACGAUUUCUGCGAGAGAUCACACAUUAUUAUUAUUAUUAUUAUUAUUAUUAUUAUUAUUAUUAUUAUUAUUAUUAUUAUUAUUCUGUUUUUUUUCUUUUUUUUGCUGUAUCACACUCAUGCUACUGUUGCAUCGCUGUAAACGAUUUAACGACCUAAGUACAUGAGAAGAAAUUUCCUGUAGUCCAUUUUUUAGGAAGAUCCCCUCUCGGUUCACACUCGCUUCGAGAUUUCGGCGAACAAACAUUGGAUGCCUUUAUAAUACUGGAUGAUUAAAUUCGGCUAAAUUGUUUAGCGUUUUAUGCAUCGUAGCAUGUUUACCAAAAAGUAAAUUGAGCUUCUAGAAAUGUCAUAUGUUGACUUUUUAAGUUUUUUGAAUAUUAAGUAUGUACAUGGAAAAAAUUUGAAUUACUUUUAAUACCAUGGACAGAAUUGUAUUUUUAAACAUUUGCGAGAUGUUAUUUUUUGGUAAACAUAAUUCCUCUCUCUCGCCAUGUAGAUCUCGAGGAACAUUCUGUGCAUUGUAUAACUACUCUUGUAUAACCACAAUCUCAGUGAUUGAAUAAAAUCCAAAUCCGUUUUCACUACAAAAAAAAACAUUGGUCGUUGUGUUUUAUUUCUGUGCUGUUGUAUGAAUUUUUAUUAUAAUUUUUUUAAACGGUAUCACUUUCUUGUGUCGGUUCGGAUGAAUCUUAUGAGAGUGAGUUUAGUACCUGUUUAAAUGUAACGUGUUUAAAAAAAAAAAAAAAACAAAAAAAAACAACGUGUAUUCUAUAAACGCGUUGCAUUUAAACAGAUACGAGUUCAUUCGUUUAUUAACACAUCUUUAAAUAUAGAUCGCUCUGCUGAUUAUCUUCCACAUAUUGGGACAUCAAUAAUCUGCGCAGUGGGAAAAGAAUGCUCGUUUACAUAUCACAGGUGAGAUACUUUUUCAGAGAAUUUUCUUCCCCGAUUUUCUAAAGACAUUCCGAGAAGAAAGAGAGAGAGAGACGAUUGACGGUUAUCUGCCCUUAAUUAGCAACAAGCUUAUCUGUUCUCUCAUUAAAGAUGUUAUUAGACAAUUUAAAAGCGAAACUCACCGGAAUCCGUCCAUAUGUGAUGUCACAAAUAAUGUUCUUCAUCUCUAAUAACUUUUAAUAGUAUUUUUACUAUGCGGAUGAAAAUGAGCUGGAUCGAUGAAUUUUAAUAGAAGGGUGACCGAGAAAGGGACGAUUAAUAUAGGAUGUACGAUUUUCAUCGCUUCUCCAACGUGGUGCAGAUAAUUCUGUGUGUAAAAUUAUAGAAUUAUGGACGGCGACAUCUCUUUUAUACGUAUCGAUGAUUUGUAUCUAUUCCAAUGUAUAGUUUUUUGUUACAAUCUCUGUCGAUUUGUAUCGCAUGCGGGACUUUGUAUUUUUCUAGAGUUUAAACAAUAAUCCUAUGAUAAGUGUGUGUUCCUAAACUUCUCAGAUGUUCCAGCAGCGGUUGAUGAUAGAAACACACUGGUAUUUUUUUAAUGACCGAGUCGUCCUCUCCAUCGGCAUUUAAAUUAAAUUCUCACGUGUUCGAGGAGAGAUGUGAUAUUCUCCUCUUUUUUUUUGUUGUCAUUGACAAGGUGUUAGUUAGGGGGCUCUGAUACAUGAUAUAAGAGUUGUAUUACUUUCGCACUAAUAGGUCCGCCGAUUUCAGAGGCCAAGAAGUAUUUGCUAUCUCGCCAUUGUAUAAUAUAUUUAUCGCAGUAAAAUAAAUUUUAUAUCUUGCAUUAUAAGAGAGAAGCAUUUUUCCUUCUCAUAAAAUAGAGUGAUAUAAUAUAUAUACAAAUUAUCAUAUAAGGAAUACUUUUAUUACACUGGGACAUAUAAAUACAUCGUGGAUAUCAUUAAUUAUUUCCACAGGUCACAAUCGAGAGAUAUCUGUUCCAACGUGACAAGUCAGGUAAGUUUUAACAGUCGACAGUCACUUCACGCAAAUAUGUUGUUCUUCCAGGAAAGCUAACGCGAGCGACGUCAAAUCUUGCGGGACGGUAAGUUGUGUAGAAUAAAAAAAACGAAUCACCGAAAUCGUAUUUUUACAUUUGUAUUUUUUUACUUCAUCUAUUUUUACAUUAUAAAAUAGCUUUCGAUAUAUGUGUUAAGUGUAAAGAUCCCAUCUUUGUAGAGAAUUGUAAUGCGGCGUCCUAAUGUAGUACAACAAUGGUGAAGUUAAUUCGGACGCGUUGUAAAUGUAAUAAGAUAAACGAUUUGAAUACAACAUAUAAAACCUAUAUAAAAUCGCGUAAUAUAUAUGAAUCGUAUAAAUUCGUCUUUAUCGUGUAAACAAUCGCGUUUAAUGAAAAAGUAUUUAAGUAACAUCGUUUAAUAUCUCGAAAGCAAAAGGCACCUUGAACAUCACACACUUUUAUAUGUAUUGUAUAUAAUUAUGUAGCGACAUGUCUCUAUAUAGUCUAUAUAUGUGUAUAAAUUAUCACAUUUUUUGAAAUAAAAACGAAUAAAAACUCGUUGCUUAUGCGAA